UUUAGAGUAAGAAAGAGACAAAGAGGUGAUGUCAGGAAUGGAAGAAGUGAGCAACAAGCAGGUGCUUGCUAGAGACUACAUAAAUGGAAAUCCAAAAGAGUCUGAUAUGUAUUUGAGCACUGAAGCCACCAUCAAGCUCAAAGUGCCUGAGGGUUCAAAUGCUGUUUUGGUCAAGAACCUCUACUUGUCCUGUGAUCCUUUCACGCGAGGCACUAAGAAGCCAACACCUGACAUGAUUACGUUUUUCGCUCCAAACUCACCAGUAGUCGGGUUUGGAGUAGGAAGAGUUUUGGACUCAGGGCACCCUGAGUUCAAGAAAGGCGAUUUAGUUUGGGGAAUGACCAAGUGGGAAGAGUACACUCUUAUUACAAAGACUGAAGGCCUCUUCAAAAUCCACCACACUGAUGUUCCCCUUUCCUAUUAUACAGGAAUUCUAGGGAUGCCUGGUAUGACUGCUUAUGCUGGUUUCUAUGAAAUCUGUUCUCCAAAGAAGGGAGAGUAUGUGUUCAUAUCAUCAGCAUUUGGUGCUGUGGGUCAGCUCGUUGGUCAACUCGCAAAAUUGAUGGGUUGUUAUGUUGUUGGUAGCGCCGGAAGCAAAGAAAAGGUUGAAACAUUGAAGAACAAGUUUGGAUUCGACGAGGCAUUCAAUUACAAGGAAGAGAAGGACUUGGAUGCAGCAUUAAAAAGGUAUUUCCCACAAGGCAUAGACAUUUACUUUGAGAACGUUGGAGGAAAAAUGCUGGACGCGGUGCUGCUCAACAUGAGGCUCCACGGACGCAUAGCCGUAUGCGGAAUGAUAUCGCAGUACGAUCUGGAUGAGCCUGAAGGAGUUCGCAAUCUCAUGUAUCUUGUAUUCAAACGAAUCCGCAUGCAAGGAUUUUUCGUGUUCGACCAUUAUCAUUUGUAUCCAAAGUUCCUGGAAACACUACUUCCUUACAUCAGAGAAGGAAAGAUCGACUACGUCGAACACAUAGCUGAAGGCCUUGAGAAUGCACCUGCUGCUCUUGUUGGCCUGUUCUCUGGCCUCCAUGUCGGGAAAAGCCUUGUUCUUGUUGCUUCUGAGUAAUCUAAAAGCAUUGACAAUGCUAGAAUAGAACUGAUCUCACAUUGUAAAAUGCAAAAUUGUUGAAUCUUGUAUUAUUGUGCGACAGUUUUAAUAUACCUAUGGAUAUACAAUGAUUGCGAUACUAACAGUAAUAAAUUGAUUACUCGGUAGAGCUUUCCCUUUUGUG